ACUUGUUACGCCUUAAAAAUUUAUUGAUUUUAUCUUGUUUCUGUAUAAUUUAGAUGGAUAAGAAGCAGCAACUUUUCAUUUACACAGCUGCAGCAUAUACGUUACUUUCAAUGAUGGCCAUGAUUAUUCAAUCUAGAAAAAGAAAACGCCGUAAAUCUGUAGAACCAAUUACCUAUGCUCCAAUUGAGGAGAGGGAUAGAAUGAGAAUUGAGUAUCUGAAUAAUAAGAUAUGGAAGAAUGAUGUAACUUAUGUCAAUACGCUUAGCCUUAAUAGAGCAUCUUUUUUCCGAUUUUGUAAGCUUUUUAGGGACCGGGGCCUUUUGCAAGACACCAUACAUUUGUGUGUUGAGCAGCAGGUUGCAGUGUUUUUAAACACAGUAGGUCACAAUGUUCGAAAUAGGUUAGUUGGCACCAAUUUUGAUAGGUCCGGUGAAACUGUUAGUUGGUAUUUUAACAAAGUAAUGCACGCUAUUGGAGAGCUACGAAACGACUUCAUUACACCACCAUGGACAUCAACUCCAGCUAAAAUUGCAGGAAACCCAAGAUGGGAUCCUUACUUUAAGGAUUGUAUUGGAGCAAUAGAUGGCACACACAUGCGGGCCUCUGUUCCUAAACACAAGGAGGCUUCCUUUCAUGGUAGAAAGAGUUAUCCUACUCAAAAUGUCAUGGCAGCUGUAGAUUUUAAUCUUCGAUUCGCAUUUGUGUUGGCCGGUUGGGAGGGGACAGCCCAUGAUGCUCUAGUCUUACGGGAUGCUUUAGAGAGGGAAAAUGGUCUUCAUGUUCCACAAGGCAAGUUCUACCUAGUUGAUGCCGGAUAUGGAGCCAAACCUGGAUUUCUGCCCCCUUUUCGUGGUGUUCGGUACCACUUGAACGAGUGGGGCAACAAUCCUGUGCAAAAUGAGAAGGAAUUAUUCAAUCAUAGGCACUCAUCGUUGAGAGUCACUGUUGAGCGGGCAUUUGGUUCGUUGAAGAGGAGAUUUAAAAUUCUUGAUGAUGCUACACCAUUCUUUCCCUUCUCUACACAAGUAGAAAUUGUGGUUGCUUGUUGUAUUAUUCACAACUGGGUUAUACAAGAUGGAGGUGAUGACUUUAUCAUUGAUGCGAGUGAGGAAUUGGCUACCAUUAAUCAUCAUACAUCUUCUCAUGGACAAGCAGGGAUGGACACGGAGGCAAGCGGUGCAAAAGCUGCUAGUGGCAUGUGCCAAUGGACUCCAACUCAGUCCACAUUUGUGCUCACCUUUCUUAGUAAUAUUGUAGCUGGUGGCACUAAGACCUCUACCGGCUUCAAGAAAGUUCAUCUCAACGCUUGUGCUAAGGCUCUCAACGAUCAUUUUAAACUCACAAGAACAGGUGAUCAAGUUAGUAAUCAUUUGAAGACAUGGAAAAAGAAGUAUGCUAGGAUCAACUAUCUUAAGAAUUUGAGUGCUGCUCUUUGGGAUGAAGAUGAAUUCAUUGUCUCUCUAGAUCAUGACCACUACAAAGGACAUAUGGCGGAUCCAAAAAAUAAAGCUGAUGAUGAAUAUUUGAACAAGCCUCUUCCAUACUAUGGUUUUCUAGCUACAAUCUUUGGCAAUAGCGUCGCUAUCGGUCAGUAUGCAAAGAGCUCCAAUGACCCAAUUGGGACUGAUAGAAGUGAAGGUGUGAGCCAUGGGGGUGAUGCCACUGCAGAAAAUUAUGGGCUGAACCAUGGUAUUGAUAAAAGUGUUGUCAAUGAUGAUAUAUCUUCAUCAGCUAGACCAGCUAAGAGAGCCAAGACUAUUGAUGAUACCGGGAGAAAGACUGAUUGCUUGGUUGAAGCAUUUCAGUGUGGCACCCAAACGCUAGCAAAGGCAAUAGCGCAAGCAAGCAGUGCUUUACCACAUGGUUUGUUCGAAGCCGUGGACAGUCUCCCAGGUUUUGAGCUUCACCACAAGACUCGAUACUAUCAGUACUUGGUUAGGCAUCCCAAUGAUGCCCAUGCUUUUGUGAAUCUACCGUCCGAUUGGAAGCUAUCGUGGUUUUCAAGUUUCGUGACUGAGAACUUCUAG